GCAUUAUAUAAUGUUUGUCAGAUAUCUUGUCAGAUAAGCUAAAGUCAGGAUCAGGUAGCACUGACCCAGUACUUAUUAAGUAUUUUCCACUGGCAAGGAAUAUACAAGAUUAUGGGCAUCGGAUUAAAAACCAUUUGUUUUGCUUUGGUUGUGAUCUUUAACCAAUAUAAGCACACUGAAGCUAGAGGACCAGAGUGUUUAAAAUGUGACAACAUUGAUAGCCCAACAAGUUGUACACACGUGGUAAGAUGCCAAGAUCAUGAGCAAUGUUUUGUUCAUAAGUAUAUAACAGAUGAUGGUCAUACGUUUUUCAAUGUCGGCUGUAAAGAUAAUCAGGUAUGUGUGGCCAUAAAUCAGGUCGGGAAAAGAGAAAGUAAGGAGAUAGACAAAAAUCCAUUUAAUCAAACUUUUGAAGACAGUUUUAACCCUACAGUUGUAUGUGAAGCAUGCUGUCAAAGUGAUCUCUGUAAUGCAGAUUCUAACUGUGGUUCGAAACCUUUGCAACAUGCAGGGAAAUUGCUUUGUUAUUCAUGUGGAUUUUUGCCGGCUGCACAAAAAUGCAACACGAUAACGAUGUGCAGUAUUGAUGAAUUAUGCUUUUACGAACACACAUAUCAUAGUGGUUUAUCUAAUGAGAGAAAAUGGGCUGCUUCUUGCAAGAAAAAGCUUGUGUGUGACCAGCUCGGAACAACCUGUGAAAGAAAAUGCUGUAAUACAGACAUAUGUAAUUCAGGGUGUGCAUCGUCAAGUAAGAAAAUAAUAUAA